CGCUAGCCGUCGGACCCAGCGUCCCGCGGAGUAGCGCGGAUUCCGCGUGAUCUCCUCCAAACAAUGCGGACCUCGCCGCUCGUUCUGGCGUCCGGUGACACCCGAGACUCCCCGUCUGACGUUAGUAUCAUCUCUUCCAGCCUGGGUUGAAGGCGUCCCCUGAGGACUCGUCGCGGCCUGGGCUCCCUGCUGGGACGCGACUCCCGCGCCUCUCGCCUGCCUGGCCCUGGGCGUGCACCGCCGGGGAAGAGGCCGGGACGGGGUCGCCGGGCUGUGCCAUCCGCAGACCAAAGCCGCGGCUCGGGCUCCGGAGGAGAUUCGCUGGGCGACCACCCAAGGCAGCUCCCUCCGUGCGCGGUCUCCCUAAAUGGACCAGCCCUGUCUUUACAAGAAAAAGGAUUUUAGAAAAAGAAGAAAGAAAGAAAAUAAAGGCGCGCGCAGCUGAGACGGCAUCAGCUGCCUUUCUUCCCACACUCGCCGGUGUCACACCCAUGAAUCACCUCCAGACGGGGCGGCAGCUUCCCUAAUUAGCCUGGAGACGCUCAGGACCCACAGGGUUAUAAAACAGCAACAAUAACAAACUUUUACUUUUAUUCAAAUGCACACUUCCUUCCCUCGGCGCCCACGCCCGCCGCAGGCCACUGACUUCGAGGGCGGAUCCGGAGGUCACCUGGAGUCCCGGGUCCCUCUCACCGACGCGCGCGGGUGCCCUGGGCCAGUCCCGGACUGACUUGCCGCCACCUCCGGGUCUCCGGUGCCCCCCGGCCCUCCCGGAGCCCCGACAGCGCCGCUGCGCGGACAGGCCGAGGCGGGUCGGGAGCGGCGCGGGCUUGGGAGGGAGCGCUGGGCAGCCGGGCCCGCACCCCGAUUGCCCUCCCCGCACCCCGAUCGCCCUCCCGCCUCCCGCGGGGCGUCCAAGGCCCAGGCCGGCGCCUGCACCCCCCGCCCCGAGGUCUCGGCCCCACUCCGCCGGGCCAGCUGCGGAGGCGGCAUUGGGAGCUGUGCGCCGCGGGGGAGGUGCGCGCGGCGGCCGGCGAGGGGAGCUGAGCGGCGUCCGCCCCCGCCGAGCCGAGCGGAGCCGAGCGAAGCCGGCGCGCCUGCAGCUGGGAGCUGGGAGCUGGGAGCGCGCCGGGCGCAGGGCCGGGCCGGCCGCGGGAGGGUAGUGUCAGCGCCCGCGUCCAGCUCUUCGGCCGCAGACCCGGGCUGUCUGGAGGCCGCGCGGCCACCUGCUGCGUCGCCCCGGCUUUGGGCUGGGGCCAGACGCGCACCGCGGCGGGAGCAGCCCCGGCUCGCCGCACCCCGCGGAAGGUGCCCUUCUCUGCGCGUCUCGCCGAGCCCGGGCCACGCUCCUGUGCCAGGUUUUAACUCCAUGAUUGUGUGCUAUGAGUAUAUGGCUGCAUGUCUCAAGAAAUUCACUGGCUUUAAAAUGUGGGCUUAGCUACUGCCAGUAUGAUUUGAUGAAAGCGGAUAGAGGUCUCAGAUCCACCCCCGGAUUCCACCGUCAGGCCCAAGGACGGACCCCUGGCCAUUGACUGAUGCCAAGUGGGUGCCUGGCAGCAGCCUUCCUUCCCAUCCCUGCUUCUGGACGCCUCAGCCCGAGCUUGACAUGAUUUCCACAAGGGUGAUGGACAUUAAGCUUCGGGAGGCUGCAGAAGGCCUUGGGGAGGACAGCACAGGAAAGAAAAAAUCUAAAUUCAAAACUUUUAAGAAGUUUUUUGGGAAGAAGAAGAGAAAAGAAUCGCCGUCGUCCACAGGAAGUAGCACCUGGAAACAAAGUCAGACGAGGAAUGAGGUCAUUGCCAUCGAAUCCGGGCCAGUGGGCUACGACUCCGAGGAUGAGCUGGAGGAGUCGAGGGGCACGCUGGGCAGCCGGGCCCUUUCUCACGACAGUAUUUUCAUUCCUGAGUCCGGACAGGACGCUACUCGGCCUGUGCGGGUGUUUUCCCAAGAAAAUGUGUGUGAUCGGAUUAAAGCUCUGCAGUUAAAAAUACAGUGUAAUGUGAAAAUGGGGGCACCACCUCCUCCAGGGGGGCUUCCUGCCAAGCGGGGAGAGGAUGCCGGCAUGAGCUCUGAGGACGACGGGCUGCCCAGGAGCCCCCCAGAGAUGUCUCUGCUGCACGACGUGGGUCCUGGCACCACCAUAAAGGUCUCUGUCGUGUCUCCAGACCACGUGAGCGACAGCACUGUCUCUGCCCGGAUCUCAGACAACAGCCUGGCACCAGUGGCCGACUUCAGUUACCCUGCAGAAUCCUCCUCCUGCCUGGACAACUCUGCAGCUAAGCACAAGCUCCAGGUCAAGCCACGCAACCAGCGGUCGAGUAAGAUGAGGCGGCUCUCAUCGCGUGCUCAGUCUGAAUCCCUGAGCGACCUGACGUGCACCCCAGAGGAUGAGGAAAACGAGGAGAAGCCACUUUUGGAAGUCAGCCCAGAAGAGAGCCCCAGCUCUGGGCAGCAGGACGUGGCGCCAGACAGAGUCCCUGAGCCUGGGCCACCGGCGCCCUUGCCGCCACCCGGAGGGGCCCGUGCCAGACGCGCCCGCCUGCAGCACUGCUCGGCGCUCACGGGCAGCGUGGAGGAGGGGGGCGUCCCCGGGGAGGACCCCUCAAGCCGCCCGGCCACCCCGGAGCUCGCCGAGCCCGAGUCGGCCCCCACUCUCCGCGUGGAGCCCCCGUCCCCGCCGGAGGGUCCCCCGAAUCCCGGUCCCGACGGCGGAAAGCAGGAUGGGGAGGCGCCCCCCGCAGGCCCGUGUGCCCCGGCCACGGACAAGGCGGAGGAGGUGGUCUGUGCUCCCGAAGACGUCGCGAGCCCGUUUCCCACCGCCAUCCCUGAGGGGGACACGACUACCCCCGAGACUGACCCCGCCGCCACCUCAGAGGCGCCCUCUGCUCCCGACGGGCCAGAACGCAGUGUCCCGAAGGAAGCGGAGCCGACGCCGCCCGUGCUCCCGGAUGAGGAGAAGGGGCCCCCAGGGCCGGCGCCUGAGCCCGAGAGAGGAGCGGAGACGGAGUCCGAGAGAGGAGCGGGGACCGAGCCCGAGAGAAUUGGGACCGAGCCCUCCACGGCGCCCGCCCCGAGCCCGCCGGCGCCCAAGAGCUGCCUGAAACACCGGCCUGCGGCCGCCAGCGAGGGCCCUGCCGCGUCCCCGCCACUUGCCGCCGCGGAGUCUCCCCCGGUGGAGCCCGGCCCCGGUUCCCUCGACGCAGAGGCCGCCGCCCCGGAGCGCCCCAAAGCCGAGCGAGCCGAGGCGCCACCGGCGGGCGCCGAGAGGGCGGCGCCAGAGCGGAAGGCGGAGAGGGGCGGUGCCGAGCUGCGAGGCGCGAAGAAGUUCUCGGUGUCCUCGUGCCGAGCGCGGCCUCGUCCGGGCGUCUCCCGCCCGCUGGAACGGGCCAGCGGCCGCCUGCCCCUCGCGAGGAGCAGCCCGGUCUGGAGGAGCGAGGCGGCUCUUGACGACCUCCAGGGUCUCCCCGAGCCCCAGCACGCGAAACCUGGCCCUCGGAAGCCGGCGGAGCGCGGCCCUCAGGACUCGGGGGACAGGGCGGCCAGCCCGGCCGGGCCGCGCAAGAGCCCCCAGGAGGCGGCCGCCGCGCCCAGCACGAGAGAGCCCUGCCCAGCUGCCCAGGAGCCGGCCGCGAGUGAGGACAGAAACCCCUUCCCCGUCAAGCUCCGGUCCACCUCCCUCUCGCUCAAAUACAGGGAUGGCGCCUCUCAGGAGGUGAAGGGUGUGAAGAGGUACAGUGCCGAGGUCCGGUUAGAAAGGUCGCUGACCGUGCUCCCGAAGGAGGAGAAGUGUCCCCUCGGGACGGCCCCCGCCCUUCGAGGCGCCAGGGCCCCCAGCGACCAAGGAAAGGGGAAGGCCCGGCCCCCCGAGCCGCUCAGCUCCAAGCCGCCCCUGCCCCGGAAGCCGCUUCUGCAGAGCUUCACGCUCCCGCACCAGCCCGCGCCCCCCGACGCCGGCCCGGGAGAGCGGGAACCCAGGAAGGAGCCCAGGACGGCGGAGAAAAGGCCGCUGCGCAGGGGAGCUGAAAAGAGUCUGCCGCCUGCAGCAACAGGGCCUGGAGCUGAUGGGCAGCCUGCGCCACCCUGGAUCACCGUCACUCGGCAGAAGCGGAGGGGGACCUUGGACCAGCCACCCAACCAGGAAGACAAGCCUGGGGCACGGACCCUGAAGUCUGAACCAGGAAAGCAAGCCAAGGUGCCCGAGAGAGGCCAGGAGCCUGUGAAGCAAGCUGACUUUGUCCGCAGCAAGUCUUUCCUGAUAACCCCUGUGAAGCCCGCUGUGGACCGGAAGCAGGGGGCAAAGCUCAACUUCAAGGAGGGGCUGCAAAGAGGAAUCUCAUUGUCCCAUCAGAAUUUGGCAGCUCAGUCUGCAGUGAUGAUGGAGAAGGAACUUCAUCAGCUGAAGAGAGCCAGUUAUGCCAGUACAGAUCAGCCAUCCUGGAUGGAACUUGCCAGAAAGAAAUCUCAAGCUUGGAGUGACAUGCCCCAGAUUAUAAAAUAGGUGGGCAGUGUGCUGAUAAAGCAUGUCCACUACCCUGACAAGCCACUUAGUUAAAAACUGCCAGUAUAUUGUGGCAAACAAACUGUGAAACUUAAAGAUUGAUUUUAUCAUCAAGUUAUGACGAACUUGGGGAAGAGGAAGGAACCAGGCAAAACAAAGAGGAUAAACACACAGCCAUACUCCUGGGCCAGAGGGCCCAGAAACAAGAACAACAUUGAAAAAGUCCAGGAACCAGUUCCUGUGCCCAAAGGUACGAAUGUGUCUUUUCGAAUUCCCUUGAUAAAGAAGCCUCAGACAAGGAAGAAAAUAGAAAUGAAAUUGGACACAUAAAUAGGACACCCAGCAAAGGCCAGAAGAGAAGCCCUUCUAGGAGAAGGGACAUCUGUGCUUCCAGCUGAGAUUGGCCCAUGUCUCUGGUCGCUCUCUUGCCUGUGGAUCCUGUCUUCUUUCAUGUUUACUACGAGGCAUGACAUUCAUGGCAAAACGGAUGCCGUUUCCAAGAGCAGCUAUAAAACAAUCUGUUUUCCUAAAGACAGCCACUCUGAGAAGGAGAUGAAGGAACAUGGCAGGGUUCAUCAAUUCAUAGACUGUUUCCAAAAAUAAUUUUUAAACUUUUCCACUAGGCAUCUGUGUCUUUAACCGCUGCACAAUGCAUUGCCUGUUUAAUAAAAGGUUUCAAACAUG